AUGUGCUGCCAUAGCCGCGUCAUUUACUCUGUCUGUGGUCACAGUUGCUUCGGUCGCAGACCGAUCGUCGAAUGUCGAAAUGCGUCCAUAGAUCCCAUGCUGGAGUAUUCGACCACUUGCGAAAUAUACGGACACCCCUUUAAAAGUUUGCGACUCGACCAACUAUGCCCUGGUUGUCAGCGUAGGCGAGAAGUCCUCCUCCAGGAGAUCGACGCGAGCCACGUGGUAAAGUUCGAUGAAUGGCAAUGGAAAGUGAGCUACGGUCUGCCUGGCCACGGGGGCAAAGACUACUGGACCAGAAAGGCGGAAGAGCGAGAAGAGGAGCACGAGAAGAAGGAUAGCGGUAGGCGGAAGAGCCAAAAGAGGUUCAGUUGGCGACGCAGCAGGAGGAAGACGAAGGUUCCUGGUGUUGACAGCCCCUUGACACCAAGAACACCGAGAAUUCCAGAGGAGUGA